UGCCUGACGCCGUCACGCCGACAAUCAUCGACAACAAGCUGCAGAUGUCAGAUAGUGUUGUUAUUAAUUUAUUAAUUAAUAAUUGUAUUUUGUUAUGACUAAUGUGAUUUAUUAGUUGUCUUUAACUUUUAAUAUGACUGAAAUGGAAAAUUGUUAUUUAAUUAUUUCUAUUUUUUGCGGUAUAUUCACUGUAAUUAAUUGUACAAAUAUAGUGAAGCCUAGAGGCAUCGCAUUCGAACGAGCUUCACUUUAUGUACCAGACAAAGAUUUUUCGUGUUUUGACGGAAGUUAUAUAAUUCCUUUUUCGUUAGUAAAUGAUGAUUACUGUGAUUGUCCAGAUGCUAGUGAUGAACCGGGUACUUCAGCUUGUCCUAAUGGCACAUUUCAUUGUACCAAUGCUGGUCACACAUCACUUGUCAUACCAUCAUCUCGAGUAAAUGAUGGAAUCUGUGAUUGCUGUGAUGGCUCCGAUGAAUGGGCAAAUAAUUUAAGGAAAGAUACUUGUGAUAACACAUGUGAAGAACUUGGUCGAGCAGCGAGAGAAGAGGCUGAAAGAGUGCAAAAAAUAUUUGUGGCCGGUCAUGAAAUUCGUGCUCAAUUAAUUACUAGAGGAAAGGAACUCAGACUGGAAAAACAAAAUAGAAUCACUGAACUUUUUGAAGAACAGAGGGAUGCUGAACUYRCCAAAAAUAAUACAUUGUAUGCUAAAGAAACAGCUGAGGAAAUUGAAAAGUCUGCAUUAGAAAAAUAUAAAAUAAUGAAUAAUGAAAAAAAAAGACAAGAAAAUGAAAAGCAAAGAUCAUUAAAGUAUUAUAGCACAAGAUGA